AUGGCCGACCGCCGCCCGCCCGCUGCGGCCCCGCUGCUGCGCGCAGCCCUUUGCCUGCUGUGCUGCGCCCCGGCUGCCGUGCGCGCCGUCCCGGAGCUCGGGCUCUGGACCCAGGCGGUCGACGACAAAUCAGGACCCUUGAUAUUUAGGAAAACUAUGUUUAACUCUACUGAGAUCAGGUUUUCUGUUAAGUCAUUCAGUUGUCUGAGGCCUGUGAAGUUUACCAUAGAGUGGACCUUGAAGUAUCAUACCUGUCACAACGAGUACCCUGAGCUGGAAGAGAUGUCCCAAAAACACGAACUUGAAGAAGACUUUUGUGCUUAUUUGAAGAACAUCAACUGCUGGACAACAAAAAAUGAAAACUUAGAUUGCAACAGUGAUUUACAGGUGUUUCCCUCAUUGAACAAUAAAGAACUAACAGGUAUCAGAAAUGCUUCCAAUCAGGAAGGAUCGAUGGAUAUUGUAGCCAGAACACAGAGAGAUGGGUUUCACAUCUUUAUUGUUUCUAUUAAAACGGAAAAAGCAGACGCCAGCUGGAAUUUGAAUGUUUCUCUUUCAAUGAUGGGACCUCAUGGAUAUAUCUCUGCAUCAGAUUGGCCUCUGAUGAUUUUUUACAUGGUGAUGUGUAUUGUUUAUAUAUUAUAUGGUAUACUCUGGCUGACGUGGUCUGCCUGUUACUGGAAAGAUAUAUUAAGAAUUCAGUUCUGGAUUGCAGCUGUGAUUUUCCUAGGAAUGCUUGAAAAAGCAGUUUUUUAUUCAGAAUACCAAAACAUCAACAGCACCGGACUAUCAACCCAAGGCUUAUUGAUAUUCGCCGAGUUGAUAUCUGCAGUUAAGAGGACGUUGGCCCGCCUCCUGGUGAUCAUUGUGAGCUUGGGCUAUGGUAUUGUGAAGCCACGUCUAGGAACCGUCAUGCACCGGGUGAUUGGACUGGGUCUGCUCUACUUCAUCUUUGCUGCUCUGGAGGGUGUGAUGAGAGUCAUUGGGGCGAGUGAUUCUGACCUUGUCCUUCUGGCCAGCCUGCCUCUCUCCCUGCUCGACUCGGGCUUGUGCUGGUGGAUUUUUAUAAGUUUGGCACAAACGAUGAAGACCCUGAGGCUAAGAAAAAACACAGUGAAAUUUUCCUUAUAUAGGCACUUUACAAAUACUCUCAUAUUUGCUGUGUUGGCUUCCAUAGUGUUUAUGGUGUGGACAACCAAAACAUUUAGAAUUGCAAAAUGCCAAUCAGACUGGAUGGAACUCUGGGUGGAUGAGGCCUUUUGGAGCUUCCUGUUCUCACUUAUCCUUAUUGUAAUAAUGUUUUUGUGGAGACCAUCGGCAAAUAAUCAGAGAUAUGCAUUCAUGCCCUUAAUAGAUGAUUCUGAUGAUGAAGUUGAAGAAUUCAUGGUAACGUCUGAAAAUUUAACUGAAGGAAUAAAAUUAAGAGCCUCAAAAACUGUUUCUAAUGGAGCAGCUAAACCUGCUACUUCUGAUAAUUUUGAUGAAGAUUUGAAGUGGGUGGAAGAAAACAUCCCCUCUUCAUUCACCGAUGUAGCACUUCCAGUGUUGGUGGAUUCAGAUGAGGAAAUUAUGACCAGAUCUGAAAUAGCUGAAAAAAUGUUCUCUUCAGAAAAGAUUAUGUGAUCGGAAUGAGUAUAAAUAAAACCAAGGUCACGGCCUCAGACUGUGAUGGGUGGGAGCUUGUUAGGGGGCAGCCAGCAAGCUCUGUUCCUGCUGCCCUGGACAUCACACGAUAAAGGAAGGACUCAGUGGAGGCUGUGCGUCCUCGACAGCUGACUUCUCUGUGUCUGCCGGAGUGAGUGGCUGGACUUGGAAGUCAUCUGAGAAGAGCACGAGGAGGAAGCCGUGUGCACAGACGCCUGCUGGUGACGUGCCAGCAUCGGAUUGGGGUUCUCUCUUUUCUCUGGAAAAAAGGAUCAUUCCAGGUUUCUUUAAAUUAUAUAAAGUCUCCUGCUGUUCUUUCUAUUCACUUUGAGAUAGAUAAUGUGAUUCUUCUGAAGUAUAGCGUGUCUGUGUCCCCAUCUUUGGGAUUUAUAAUUACUAGAAGCAGUAAUGAUUUUUUGUUUUACUUUUAUACUGAAGUGACUUAACAUUGGAAUGUGGGCAUGUUGAUAUGUCUCAUUUUGCUUUUUUUUUUGGUCUGCACAAUGCCAUUGUUUGUGAAUACCACCAUGAGCAUCAGAUCAUGGAGUUAGGUAGGUCUUCUCUGAGCUCAGGGGAACACAUGUGCACAAAGAGAAAAGUCUUAAGGGUUCCUUCCACAGAUUUGCUCUGCCACUGCCCCACCUUGGGCCACGGGUACGCGAGCUACUGCUGAAUCUGCUGGGCAGGUGGUGGACAGCUGGCCACGUGGUGCCCCACAGCACCUCCUGCCUGGCAGGUUGGGAGGCCCACUACUGCUGAGCCUGGUGGAAACUAGAUCUGUGUCUUGUACACAAUCUUGGCAUCUUCGUCUUAUAAUAAAGGCACAUUGAACUGCAGAGUACAUCACUGCUGAUCUGGUAAUUGCUUUGUUAAUCUUCAGCCAUGUUUUGCUGCUUAUUUGUCACAUUUGUUGGUGACAUAUGGGUUGGCAGGGGGUUUUUUUAGUGUCUUUCUUUAAAAUAGUGUGGACAUAUGCAGUUGGACAUAGUGUGAUGAAAUUGUGAAUGUGCCACUCCUUGCAUGACCAAAGAUAGAGGGCUGGCGACCUGUGAGGCGGUGAUGAGGGGCGCAUCUCGCCUGUCCUCUGCAGGAGUCCAGCCUGUGAACUGAGAGUGACUUCAGAGCAUUUGAGAAGACAGGAAAAUCUUGACCAUCGCAAACCUUUUUUCUUCACUGUGAAGCCUCAGAAUGGUUUCCUUUCCUCUCAGAAGCCUUUCUGACCUGCCUCCUGUGGUCACAAAGGAGGUUAGUAAGAAGACUGCCUUCAGGCAGCAGCUUCUCCUGGGAGGCCUCGCCUCACAGCGGUGCUCAGCGGGGAGCCCUGGCAGGACAGCGUUGCUGGCCCCUCUGGAGACAGGCAGGUUUGCCAAGUGGUGCUCGCUCUGGACACCCUUCCUGGGAGGAGGGGGGCUAGUUGAAGGGUUCUGGUUCCGUCCUUCGCUCAGUUUGUGCCAGGGUGAUGGCUGCCCACCGAGUUUCCCAGCACCUGGGUCUGCUCUGGUUUGGGUGCUCUGCCUUUGGCCCAGCUGGUUCAGGACUGGAGGUGUCUGCUGACCUCCUACCCCACGAUUUGCGGUGGGUUGACCCCUGACUCGGCACACAGCUGGGGUUGAUCUGAGAGGCCGAGUCUUGGGCCUGCAGCCAGGAGGCACGUGAGCAUGGUGGGUGGGAGUGGGGGCUGAUGGCAGGUGUCACACUGAGGGGAACCAGCCCCCACAGGCCUUGCUGCUGUUCAUAGGGACAGUUCUUUCUCCCGCCAUGUAGCUCAGCAAGGGCUGAAGGGCAGCCGCUCCUCUGCGCCCUCAGGAGGCAGGUUCCCUCCUGCCGCUGCUGCUGAAGAGCAUGUGCAAUGUCUGUCCCUCCUGGUGGUGGUGUCAUCUGUAUUUCUGGGGAGCAGGAGGGGUCUGCUCUGGCACUUGGCUUCCAGGUCCAGGGAGGAUGGCGGAAUGUCCCCAGGGCGCACAACUCCUUCCUCAGGGCCUCGAGGCCUGGGGCCUGCUCUAGGGGUUAUUUUAGGAAGCCUUGGCGAGGCCUAAGGGAAGGGCUCACUUUGGUAUGAAGUGUGAAAUUUGCCUAAGAGGAAAUUUUCAUGAUUUGAAGUAGAUUAAAUAUCUCCUUUAAAGUGUAGACACUUUAUUGCAAAAACUAAGGAAAAAUAGCUGAUUAUUUUAUGCCUAGAGGUAAUUUUCCCUUACUUUCUUGUAAAGGAAAUAUUUUUUCUAAUCUUUCAUAUCCCUUCCUCUCUGUAUUACAGAACAUUAGAUUUGCACUACUAUAACGUCGACUCAAAGUAUAAAAGUGUAUAGAUAAGUUUGAUUUUAUAUCUUCCUUUUGAAAUCGGUCUGGGGAGCCUCCCUGGCUGUCACGCUAGGGAGGUCUCUGCUCCUAGUCCUUGUCUUUUGUGGCAGCAGCAGGAGGCAGCCCUGCCCAGCACCGCCCUGCACGACAGAAGCUUGACACAGGCACGUUUUGAACAUAUCAGCUGUAUGUAUGUAAGUGACAGAAGUCGAUUUUUUAAGGAAGUGUAUGUUAUGCCACAGGAACUCAUGGCUGGGUUAAGAAUCUUCUUUAGAACUAGGAAAGUGUUUUAUUCAUAUAUUUGGGGAGAAAGUUUGGGGGCUUAAAAAUUGUAUUUUUUAUAUAAAAAACUUAAAUUAUUCUAUAACUUGAAAGAAAUUUAUUUGAAUAUAGGACAUGACUAUUUGAAGGAUUUUUGUUUGAAAUAUUAAUGUAUUUUUGUGCCUUAAAAUUGGUUCUUUUAAUAAAAUGCUUUCUGAAAGUUUA